UGAAAUCAGAAUAUUUUUAUUGUUUAUAUCAUCACAGCACGUCGUUUGAUCACCUCUACUUUGUGAAUUAAACCAUUUUGAAAAAGAAAUUGAGAAGAAAGAAAAAAAUUAUGUUUCAUAAGAUCCUGCUGGUCACACAGAGUCACCCUGUUUUAUCUAUGCUGCUCUUACUGCAAUUUAUUUGCACUGCCUCUGCCAAUCAGCCUUUGAUGACAUGUCCAGCUUCCAGAGGCACCGUUAAGUACGUUGAGAAAUGUCCAAAGGACGAAUUUGAAUGGUUGGAUGCAGCAAUGAAGAAAAGCUGCUCAAGCAUCCCACAGAAUUGUUCAAGUAAUGAUACAUUCCUCUACCAUUGUCUCAUAAAUUCUUGGGAAAAUGCGACAUUAGAAGUUUGUGCACGGCGAGUCAAUAUAAUAGGCAAAUGUGCAGAAUACAAUUAUGAUGGGGCCGUAGUUCAAGAACACAUGAGUUCUGACUGCAAAGACUUUAAAAAUCCAUGUCCAGAUGUAUAUCUCUCUGAUACAGCUUAUUUGUAUCAGGAAUGUUACAAUAUCGUCAAAAGGAAACAUUCUCAAGAUACCCCGCACGUCAUGAAUAGAAUGUCCUCUAAUCGAAGAUUCGAAAAGUCCCAUAGCAGUAUUUUCGAAGACUUCUUAAUAUUAAACUACUCAAUAGGUGUUCUGUUCAUCGGCAGACUCUUUAUGUUCUUCUUUCUAUAGAAUCCAUGGAAAAAUCUUAAUAGAUUUCCAUCAUCAACAUUGCCUAAAUGUGAAGGAAUAACUGUGCAUAACUAAUUUGAAAUUUUGUGUUUGAUUAGUUUGAUUUUGUCAUUUUCAGAACUCAUUGUGUGUGUACAGUAUUUCUGGAAAAAACUUCAAAUGUGUUUGCUCAUACGAAAGGGGAAAAUUACCCCAACCUUCAAUACAGAGUUCAUUUCGCCACUUGUACAGUGAUUACAAUUAUUUUAAAAGCAGUGCGUCUCACAGGUUCAUUGUACAGUAAAACACGAUUGUUAAUUACAAACUGUCAAGGAUAGUCGAUUUUACUUCAUGUAUUGAUUCAUUGUUUGAUUAAAAGAAGAAACAUUUUUCUUUUAGAGUAGUCUUGAUUUUUUAUUUUGUAAAAUUGGACUUAUUUGUAGUUUCAAUGCUUAGAUUUCUUAAACGAUAAAUAAAAUAAAAAGCAUUCCUUUUUAGGGUAGCAAUACAAGUAAUGAAAU